GAAGCGUAUGCGCCGUUUGAAUGAGACGCGCUCAGUGAGGAUUACAUUUUUCAAAGUGACAGUAACUUUCAUACUUUUUUAAAGUCAAAUAGAUUAAUGUCUUCGUAUUUUUGACAAUAUGGUCAUGUUAAAGACUGGAUUAGCAUUACUUACAAUAGCGUUAUUCUGCACGCAUGCGUCGGACAUCGACAGCCAUGACAAUGUAGUUACGGUACAAGAUGAAGCGGACAAUUACUUAAAAGAAAAAGAAAUAGCACCAGAGGAUAGCUACAAAAAGGGAAGAAUAUUAUGGCCCUAUCCACUGACUCAUGAUAAAAACCCUUUGGAUGUAAAGAGUGAAGAAAAUACAAGUGUGGAUACAGAAAAUAAACAAGAAAUGGAAGACAAAUCAGAAAAAAGACUUCUAUAUGAGUAUUCCUACAUUCAAAGUCCUAUAGUCGACCUAAUGAAGCAAAGCAUGGCAAUUAACUACUUACCGAAUAAUCCCAAAGAUCUUUUUGACUGUUUGAGGGAUACUUAUCCAUUACCUAAAGGCAUCCUUAAUCCUUAUGACGAAUACGAUUAUAUAAUAGUGGGAGCAGGAUCUGCAGGAUCUGUAUUAGCAUCACGUCUAACCGAAGGAAAGCCAAAAGCAACAGUGCUUCUCAUCGAGGCGGGAAAACCUGAGAUGCUUUUUACAGACGUGCCUAUAUUGGCACCUUAUUUCCAGCUCUCUGAAUAUUCAUGGCCGUAUUCUACAGAACCUCAGCCCGGAGUUUGUUUGGGCAGUGUAGAGCAAAGGUGCUACUGGCCUAGAGGACGAGCUGUGGGAGGUACCAGUGUUACCAACUACAUGCUCUAUACUCGCGGCCGGCCGCACGACUGGGACAGAAUCGCAUCCGAUGGAAAUUAUGGAUGGUCCUACAGCGAGGUUCUUCCUUACUUUAUGAAAUCCCAAAAAUCUGAAGUCAAAAAGUAUAAGAAUACUCCUUACAGUAAUCGCGAUGGCGAACUAUGGAUUGAAAAUCCACCUUUCAGGACCGGUCUCGUUGAAGCUUUCCUUGCAGCAGGAAAAAUUCAUGGCCAUCCCACAUGUGACUAUAAUGCUCCUACACCAGACCUAGGAUUUGGCUAUAUCCAAACAACUACUAUUAAAGGUCAUCGACACAGUACAGCAAAGGCCUUCCUACAUUCUCACAAAAAACGAACGAAUCUUCACAUACUCACUGAGGCUAGAGCGACUAAAGUUAUUAUAGAACCACAAACUAAAAGAGCUUUUGCUGUUGAAUAUGUUAGAAAUGGAGUAAAACACACAGUUCGUUGUCGCCGAGAAAUCAUUGUCUCAGCUGGACCAAUAGCGUCGCCUCAAUUGCUCAUGCUAUCGGGAAUAGGCCCACAAGAACACCUUCAAAGUCUUGGCAUAACGAUAAUUAAAGAUCUCAAUGUAGGAAGAACUCUCUAUGAUCAUGUAACUUUCCCCGGGGUUAUUUUCAAACUAAACACAACUAACGCCAGUCUUCUAGAAUCUAAAAUAGUUACAUUACCUAAUGUUAUACAAUGGCUUACAUACGGCGACGGUCUUUUAACAAGUCCAGGAAUCGUAGAAGGACUUGGGUACAUAAAAACGUCUCAGUCUGAUGAUUCAGAGCCGGUUCCAGAUAUAGAGCUAUUAAGCUUAGGAGGAUCAUUUUCAGCAUCAGGUAUUUUCAGAGAGAGCUGGAGAAUAUCGGAUAAAGCAUACUAUACUGCUUACGGUUCAUUAAGCGGCCUUGAUACAUGGUCAGCAAUCCCAUUACUUUUACAUCCAAGAUCGCGUGGAUACGUCGAGCUACGAGACUCGAAUCCAUUCUCGCUACCAAAAUUACACAGCGGAUAUUUCACUGAUCCCAAAGACAUAGCUACAAUGAUUGCAGCAAUCAGAUACAUUAUAAAGUUAGGUGAAUCAGAACCUUUUAAGAAAUAUGGAGCUAUCUUACACAUGGCCAAAUACCCUGGGUGCGAACACACGACUCCUCUUUCGGAUGAGUAUUGGGAAUGUGCUAUUAGAACAAUGACUUUAAGUACACAUCACCAAAUGUCCACCUGCAGAAUGGGUCCCCCGAAUGAUCCAGAUGCUAUUGUUGACCCGGAAUUAAGAGUGUAUGGAGUAGAAGGCCUAAGGGUAGUGGAUUCGAGCGUAAUUCCACGUCCGAUUUCAGCUCAUACGAAUGCGCCUGCCAUCAUGAUCGGUGAAAAAGCUGCAACUAUGAUUAAAAAUACGUGGUCUAAUGUGAUAUAUUAAUUGUAAUAUUAUUAAAAUUAAGUGUGGUAUUCCCAUUGUUCUAAGUAUAUAUUUUAUUA